GAUUCGCCUCGAUUGGUGUCUUCAACUGACGGGAAGGUGCUUGGUUCGGACCCGACCUCUGCCUCUCGACAUCCCCUGUCUAAGCUUGGGCAACCUGACAGUAUCCCAGCCCUCGUGCUUCCUUCUGGUGGCAUGGCAGUUAGGCAUCGAAAGGGCAACCUGGCACUAUCCCAGCUCUCGUGUUUCCUUCGUGUGGCAUGGCAGCUAGGCACUGGAAGGGUGUUACAGCUGAACGAUUGCCUUCAUGGGGCGAGAUGCCUCAACUGGUUAGAGCGCGAAUUUACUGACCAGAAGGUCCGUGGUUCGAACCCGACCUGUGCAUCUCGACUUCCCCUGUCUAGGCUUGGGCAACCUGGCAGCAUCCUAGUCCUCGUGCCUUUCUCGGGUAGCAUGGCAGCUAGGCGCUGGAAGGGCAUUACAGCUAAACUAUUACGAGACGAUUCGCCAGAAGCAUCUCUUUUGCAGUCGAGUGGUUUUAAUGGGGCGAGAUGCCUCAACUGGUUAGAGCGCGAAUUUACUGACCAGAAGGUCCGUGGUUCGAACCCGACCUGUGCAUCUCGACUUCCCCUGUCUAGGCUUGGGCAACCUGGCAGCAUCCUAGUCCUCGUGCCUUUCUCGGGUAGCAUGGCAGCUAGGCGCUGGAAGGGCAUUACAGCUAAACUAUUACGAGACGAUUCGCCAGAAGCAUCUCUUUUGCAGUCGACUGUAACACCCUUCCGGUGCCUAGCUGUCAUGCUACCCGAAGGAAGCAUGAGGGCUGGGAUACUGCCAGGUUGCCCAAGACUAGACGAGGGAAGUCGAGAGGCAGAGGUUCGUGGUUCGAACCUGACCUCCGCCUCUCGACUUCCCUUCUCUAAGCUUGGGCAACCUGGCAGUAUCCCAGCCCUCGUGCUUCCUUCCGGUGGCAUGGCAGCUAGGCACCGGAAGUGUGCUACAGCUGAACGCUUUAUAUCAACUGAGGAUGGAUCAGAAGCACCCUUUCGGUGCCUAACUGCCAUGCCACCCAAAGGAAGCACAAGAGCUGCCAGGUUGUCCAAGCCUAGACAGGGGAAGUCGAGACGCAGAGGUCGGUUUCGAACCACGGACCUUCCGAUCAUCAAUGAUGCGAUUUUGAAGAUGAGCAGAAAACGUACCAUGGAAUUGUCUGCCAUUCUGAAGGACACCCAGUUUGAUAAGGAUGCACUCAAGGUUGUUUGCGACAAGUUUACGACCGACGAAAUGUGCAACGAGUUGGCGGCCCACCUUCUCAUCACGGUAAUUGACAAGACUCGU